AUGACCAAGAAGCACUGGGAACAAGACUUCUACUCUCAACACAUUGACCAGAGUGACCCCUUCAAAGUACAAGGCUCCGAACUCUCCGAUCUACCAUGGACUAAUAAGGACCAUGAAAGCCUAAUUCCCUGGGAAGGGAAGCAGGCUGAUGGGGCAGCUGAGGGCACAGCCACCAAAAACCUGGAGAGAGGAGGUGAGCUGGACCUGAGUGGAGUGACCCCUCUAGAGGAGUCAGGAAGCAUGGCUGAGGAACGUCAAUGUGAUGUCAAUCACACUCUUUUGGUGGCUCUGAAACCUAGUGUGAAGGUAUAUGCUGCUGAACCCUUGAAUGCAGAUGACUGCUACAAGUCCAAACUGAGAGGAGAACUGACUCCCAAUCCUUAUCCUCCAGAAACCAUAGCAGAUGGUGUCAAAUCCAGCAUUGGCUUAAACACUUGGCCUAUUAUAAGGGACCUUGUGGAUGAUGUCUUCACUGUCACAGAGGAUGAAAUUAAGUAUGCAACCCAGCUGGUUUGGGAAAGGAUGAAACUACUCAUUGAACCUACAGCUGGUGUUGGAGUGGCUGCUGUGCUGUCUCGGAAUUUUGAAGCAGUUGCUCCAGAAGUAAAGAACAUUUGUAUUGUUCUCAGUGGUGGAAAUGUAGACUUAACCUCCUUAAGUUGGGUGAAGCAGGCUGAAAGGCCAGCUCCUUAACAAU